GCCCCAACAAGCCCAGGCAGCUGAAUUAUUACCGGUAUAAAGGAGAACAAAGAAGAUCUACGAUCUCACAAAUAUUCAAUAUUCGCCCAAAUAUAACAUUCGCAAGCCACGGUAACUACUGUGACUGUCAUUCAAGGCAUGUGAGUACGAGGGUAUAAACCCGAUCUUGUCAUACGGAGAGCAAGUUGUUGUGUUCUUCACCGCAUUAGGUUUUUGAUGAGUAAGCGGCUCGCGAUGUUUCUCCCUCGGACUGGAAUUACGCUGUUUCUGACCUCGUAUCUGGUGACCGUUUGUGGCUCAGAGGUCAAGGAAAAAUUAUUCACAACCGUACCGAAAAAUAAAGAAAGUUUUGUUGGUGAUUCUGUCGUAUUUCACUGGGAUUACAAAAAAGAUCUGGAAAAAAUCGUACAAGCAGUACACUUCGGGAUUCUCAGCAACUCGAGCGAUUCGAAAGGGACCCCAAAAGAAGUAACUCUUCUCUUGAAACAGCCUAACAAUGUGGUCCGCUUAAACACUAAAGAACCAAAAUUCAAAGAGUUGAUUAAGCGCACAAAACUUAUCGAAGGCAAGAGAGCAAGUUUUAGAAUUGAGAAGGUUAGAAUGAAUGACACUGGGAGAUAUUUUUGUAUGCUAAAGAAGAAAGCUAACUUCAAGACGUACACAGAGUACGUGGAUCUUAAAGUCGUUGAUUUGCAGAUUGAUGAGGAGGCUUCUACAAGUAGAUCACAAAGAGAGUCAUGGAAAAACCUGAAGAUAUCUCUAGUUUGCAUGGUCAGGGUGGUCAAGGAUGAACCCGUCACUUUUACAUGGCUGCGACAGCCCAAUAACCAGACUUURAGCCGUGGCAUGCACAUUGAUACCCGAACAGAGAGUGUAUUAACCAUUAUAACAUCUUCAGAUUAUCAUUUUACAACUUAUACUUGUGUUGCCAAGACUAAAAGGACAACAAAGAUGCAUAAUUUAGUGGUGAAAAGAUUAUAUGGACCAGGGUCACCAUUAAAUCUACAACAGCAAUAUAUCUUUGACAAAGAAAGAGGAGAGUCCUUCYACAAGGUCUAUUGGCAGGCUCCCAAAAAUAAUGGUGGUGCUAAAGUUACAGAAUACAUUGUAGAGUAUAAACCCCGUGGCAUCGACUGGAAAAAAGCAACAAGGGUCUUGACGAAAAAGACAAUGUAUGACAGAUUUAAACUUAAAGAAGGUAAACKUUAUGAUGUGAGAGUGUUGGCCAGAAACAAGGUGGACGAAGGRAAAUACUCAAACGUGGUGGAAAUAAAACUUCGUGGUGGGUACCCCUCAACAGGUGCAAGAUCUAAUUCAUCAAACAUACACUAUGUUACAUGGUGGACGUGCCUACUUAGCUUUACUCUUCUAGUAACAAAGUAACCUAAGAUGGUGACAAUAACAAAUCAGUCAGCUCCUCUUAGGAACAUACUCCUGUCGUACCAAGAAAKAGACUUAUGAAGAGAGGACUCAUAAUCCAAAAUAGAGAUGCAUAACUAUUCUGUUGUCAUGGACACACAAAUGGAAAUUGAUUGACAAUAUAGCAUCGCCGCCUGGAUCAGUGAGUUAAUAUUAAAAUUAAGUGUUAAGGUUUAAAACAGUCAAAGUUGUCGUUAAAGUUUGCUGUUAUCAAUAAGUUAAAAACUAGAAUAUUAAUAUAUAAUUAAGAAAAAUAGUUGGAAGAGUUUUUCCAAAUUUUGAAAAUUAAUGACAAAUAUAUUUUUAUUUUGUCGCAUAGUGUUAUAUUCAUACAUAUYAUCUUGCAGCAAAUAUAAUUAGCGAGAUGUUUUUUAUUAUUAUUACUGAAUUCUUGCAAUUCUAUUUUAAAAGAAUUUAAAAAAUUAAAAGCGAGUUUGAGUUCCAAAGACAUACAAGUUUGUUAAGAUAAUAGAAUAUUUAGUUAAGGAGUUUUUUUUAUGCAAUUGAACAUUUUCGUCUUUUUUACAAAAUAUUGCUUUCUUUGAUGUUUGUGGUGUUGAAAUUUUGCCCUACAUGUGAUAUCAAUUUUGGAAAUCRCACUUGACAACAAGUGCCCUACCUCUACACUACCCUUGUUUCAAUCUAGACCCUUUAAAUAAAUCCCACUAUGCCUUAUUUUCUGUGUUUGGCGUUAAAUUUAUCCUUUUGAAAUUUUUGUCAUAAAACUGAAAAAUAAUCAAUUUGAUGUGAAAAUUUAUAAUAUUGAAAAAUUGAUAAAUUUGAUGUCAAAGGUGAAAAAUAAAGUAUUAUUGGGAUAUUAUUAAAAGAACCUCCCUAAUUUAUUGACGACAUGCAAUAAUGGGUCAUGUGACCCUUACUCUUAAAAAAAAUCAAACAUUUAACACAACUGCUUCGUAGUUAGACUUAGAUGGUAUUACAGCUUUUUAAAUUCAAAUUGUUUAGUUGUUUAAGAGUUACUUUCGAUACAGUGUGUCCAUCAUAUAAAUCCCAGAUGAUUAAUAUUUAUUAUUAUCAAUACAUAAUAUUUAUGAUCAAGCUUAAUUAUUCAUUAUGAAAUCUCUGAGGUAUUUUUUAGAUCAAAGUUUAGUUAGAUCGAGAAGAAAGGAUGAGCUGAUUUUUGUGAUUUUGAAGUCAUUAGAAAUAUAACAAAAUGAAAGUGAUUUUAUAGAUUAAAAAAAAAAAACUAGUCAAAAAUAAUCAGUACAAAUAAUGUAUCGAGAGACUUAUACGAUUGCAGAUCUAGAWAAUAUCCAUACCUCCCCCAUAGAGGGGGAUUGUGAUUUCCUAAGGGUGGGGAGGGUCUAAGRAGGGUAUAWUGUGUAGUUCUAGAAAAUACCAUACUUCYCCCAUGGAGGGGGAUWGAAAUUUUACGAGGGGWGAAAAUGAUCAAACAUUCUAUCAUGACUAGAACCUAUUUCCUACUAUGAUCAUAAUACUAGAAGUAAAGARAAAUGUAUAUAUUAA